GGAGGGGUACAAGCUGGGCAGAAAGGGAGUGCUAGAAAAGGGGAAUUUAAAGCACUUCUUGCUCUGCUGUGACGAAGAACGAGUCUUCUUGCCCAGGCCGGUUUAUCUGCGCUGUCCAUCUCUGCCCUGGGAGCACUUUGAUGCUGAGCUGAUCAGAAGGUUAGAGUCUCUUUAUCGACUCCAUGCUUACCUCUGUUUGUUUUCAUUCAGAAGUUUGCUCCCUCGUUUUGCAACAACCCGCGCAGUGCUGGGUGUUGCGCCAGCUGGGCCUCAAUGAAGGAUCUGCAUUCAAUGCCUUUUCCUUCCCGUCACACCAGUCCAUGCAACUCCUGCAUCUUCCAGCAGCACUCGCUACGCAGUCCAGAUUUUACUCAAACUGUGGUUGGAGGUCAAAAAGGCUAUCAGACCUACCGGGACCUGCCAUGGGAUCUUCAAAAAAUUCACCAGCCCGCCAUCAAAAUCAGACAUCUUGAGCCCUGGAAAAUUGCUCUAAUUGUUAUUGGAGCAACAGUGGCAGCAGCCAUCACUAUUGGCCUCCUGGUUUAUUUUUUGGCAUAUGAUCAGAAGCUUUUCUACUACAGUGGCAACAUAAAAAUCACCAGCAUCCGAUACAGUAACGAGUUGUCCCGACAGUCCUCGGGAGGGUUUAGAGACCUGAGUGAGAGGAUUGAGAGACUGAUGGACAAGACAUUUCACAAUUCCAUUUUAAGGAAAAAAUACAUCCGCUCACGCUUAGUCAGAGUGAGCCCCGAAACUGGUGGUGUGAUGGCAGAGGCUCUGCUCACAUUCUGGUUCUCCUCCACGGACUGCAGAGAAGCACUGCGAGAAAGAGUUGAAUGGAUAUUACGGAGGGGCCUGAAAAAAUACACUGGCCCCCUGCGAAUAAAUGUCAAAUCAUCUACUGUCUCAGAUAUGGAGAAGAAAAGAGCAGAAGUCCUCUUCAAUGACAUCUGUGGGUUACGGCAGAAUAGAUCAGUCAAGUCAAUAGCAAAAGUAUCAUCAUUGCGAAUAGUCGGCGGAUUGUCUUCUGCAGAGACGGGGGACUGGCCGUGGCAAGCUAGUUUACAGUACAAUAACAUCCACCGCUGUGGCGCAACGCUCAUCAGUAACACAUGGCUUGUAUCUGCAGCUCACUGCUUCAGAGAAAUGAGUCACCCUCACAAGUGGACUGCUACUUUUGGAGCUCUUUUGAAGCCACCAAGCAUGAAGCGAUCAGUCAAGACUAUUAUUAUUCAUGAAAAGUACCGCUACCCAGAACACGAUUAUGACAUUGCACUUGUGAAGCUCUCUAAACAAGUUGAGUUUACAAGAAAUGUACACCACGUUUGUCUGCCUGAGCCGUCUCAGACUUUUCCAUAUAAUAUUUAUGCUGUCAUCACAGGCUGGGGAGCACUUACCAAUGACGGUCCAACUCCUAAUGUUCUUCAGGAAGCAACAGUGAAACUUAUAGACUCAAACACUUGCAAUCGAAAAGAAGUGUAUGACGGUGACAUAACACCCAGGAUGCUGUGUGCUGGAUACUUGGAAGGAGGAGUAGAUGCUUGUCAGGGGGACUCUGGGGGACCGCUGGUUACUCCAGAUUCUAGACUGAUGUGGUACCUCGUGGGAAUAGUGAGCUGGGGAGAUGAAUGUGCCAAACCAAAUAAACCUGGAGUUUACACGCGAGUGACUUACUUCCGUGACUGGAUUACCUCAAAAACUGGCAUCUGAUUCCAAAGUCAAAAAUGGAUUUAACUACAUAGGCUAUAUGUAACUCAUACUCGUCCAUAAUUCUGAAAAGCUAUUUUUUAAAAUAAAUAAGUUCCUAUGUAGUUUUGGUCAAAGCAGAUUUGUCCACAGCAAGUGCUAACUUCGCUGUCAGACAUCCCAAUUCCUUGUGAAUUUAUACUAAGCAUCAGAUUACCUGCCUCAUCUCUGAGCUUUGAAACAUUCUCAGUUAUCGGAAAUGAUGAACGGGUGCCAUCGGACAUCAAAUAUUUAAAAGCUAGUAAUCUACCUGCUUUAUAAGUACAACCACUACCCAGGAAAAAAUAAUUGUCUUUAGGCAUGGCCGAGGUCUGAAGAUGCCCAGACUCCUUAGGCCUAGUGGAAGCCAAACCUUCUUCCUCCAGUGAAGCAAUUGUUGUCAUGAUCUUGUUUCUAGGCCAGCGAACCCUUGACUAUUCUUCUUGUUAGAGGCCACCAUCUGCACAGACUGCAGCCAAGACCCUAGGCAUGUUCCACCAGCCACUGGGAGCCUUGACACCUACCCUGCUCAGAUGUCUUGAUGGCUAAGAGCCAGUCAGCCAGGACUGAGGCUAGAUCCUGGCUAAGGAAAAGGAUGAUUGCCAUGCUUUCUGUAAGUUGGAAGGGAAGAGAGAAAGGCUUGAUACUCUAGUUAUGAAGCAUGCUUUUAACAGAACUUGGUGUAUUUUAUGAAGUUCAAAUUAUGUGAAAAUCCUACUGCAGAAGUGCAACACUAUACUGCUACCUCUAUACCAAUGCCCUUCUAGACUGAUUUUGUCCAGCUUACAAUGUGUUUAAGAUGCAGAAACACAAGAUUUACCUAAGGUUGAUUGUAAUAAGAGUGUGUCCCCGCAAAUAACCUCACUGGAAGGAAACCGUAACAAAAGAAAACCCUCAAGCCAGCAUUUAAAUUUGUGCUAAAGGAAAAAUAAAUAAUCACGACAAAUAAACUGGGAACUACCUUUUUCUUCAAGUCAAGAAAUAACGUGCAUUUUUGAAGGCAUGCCAGCCAGCAGAAACCAUUUCACUGCAAAGAAAGUAAAUAGUGAUAAACAUUUAUGCUUCACUGAGGGACUCAUCUCUGCCAUGAAUGAAUAUGAUUCCAUCUUAUGAAGCUGAAGAGUAAUUUCCUGUUAAAGAAUAAUCCAGAUGAGAACUUCAGAGUAAAAUCUGUCCUUAUAUGUGGAUUAAGAACUUUUCUUCCUACCUCUGUGCAUGACAUCUAGUAGGCUGCUGCUGGGAGGGGGUUCCAUUGACAUGAAUAUUACUGUCCCCAAGAACCUAGGCCUUCAACAUGAACCAAAAUGUCAAUUCCAGGAGCAGCAGCUUCUGCUGACUUUGGGCACCAGACUGCUUAGGCUGUGAACGCAGGACUCACAGGAAUCCUCAUGAGACAUGAGCAAAGCUGCAAGCCCCCCACUACUGAAUCUACUAGAACUGAAAGUCUCUCCAAAGCACCCUGCCUCCCCUUCUUCUCAGAACUGGGUCCCUCUUCAUCCUUUCUACAGUGCAAGCUCUGCAGGAAUCAGAAUCCACUGGAAUGAGAUGCUCAGUAUUUUUUUGUAACCUCAAACUUUGAAUUACAAGUCUACCUAUGGAUGGAAAAGCCUAAGUUUAAGACUCUGGUGGAGGAGGGGACUGUCUUAUUUUCAGGCCUUUCCAGACUUUUUUCAUAGUGAAAAGCGUUUCUUAUAUUUUGAAUUUCAGAAAAAUAAGAUGCCUUGUCUCAAAGAAAUUAUUGAAGGAUGUGUUUAGUUUUGCUUUCAAAAUAGUUGUAUUUUUAUUCUGAUUUUUCCACAUUCGUUUAAAAAAAGGAAAGGAUCUUGGGAUAGUUAGGAGAAUAGGCAGAUGCAGCAAAUCUGUUUCCUCAAUUUAUUGAUGAAGUUUUUGAUUUAUGCACUUUUGAGUUGCUGCUAUUUUUCAACUAAGAAUUUACUGUGGGCCAGGUUCAGUUAUAUUGGAAACACUCUUUUCUUCCAGUGUUCAGGCCCCACAUUAUUUGAAGGCAUCCUUUGAAAAAAAUUACAUGUAGGUUUUUUGUGCCUCUUAUGCUUUAAAGGUGAAAAUCAUGACAAAUGCACUUAUAAUCAACUGAAAGUGAAUUGCAACUGAAAGUUCACUUUCACAAAUAGCAAAGGCUUUCUUUUGCACUUAAAACCUGUCUUCUGCUUAUGAAAUGGAGGGGCAGCAAUAAGGGGGCCAGGCCCAGAUAAUGUAAUCCCUAUAAACUGGUUCCUACCUCACCCUGAAAGUGACAUAUAUAUAUAAUACCCUUUUUAAAAUGAGAAAGGCAGCCUUUAUUGCAGAUUUUCUUGUGAGAGGCCAAACAGCCAUGAGGCGUGUGGGAGAAUGUCUACCUUACUCAGGGAGUCCUGAGCCAGCCAGAUGCACUUUUCUUCACAAACUUUUAGCAAACUGUCUGGUCUGGUUUUGUCUUUACUCCGUGUCAGUGUUUUAUUUAUGAAGACUCUGUUUUCUGUGCUAGAAUGAAGCAAAGAGAAUAUUGUGUGAUAAAAGAAAAGUUUUUAAAAACCUUUUAUUAUUCAUGUUAAGAUUUAGCAAGGAUUUA